UCGUCACAGUUCACAGUGGCGUCAGUGACAUGAUUGGAGUUAGCUUUUCAGAUUUCACAUUAGAUCUAACAAUUUACUGAAAGCUUGCGAGAUCGCAUAAGAAGUACAAAAGAUGUUUCCGGCUUACGCACAUUUGUCAGCUUACGACAGGCACAAGAAACUUAUAAAUGAUUAUUUGACAUUUUAUGGAAAAUCUGUAUCAAAGCGAGAUACGUCCCGGGACAAAACUGACUAUGAUGUCAUCAAAGAGAAUCACAAGUUUCUCUGGGAUCAAGAAAAGGAUAUUCCAGAUACAUGGGGUGCAAAAUUAGCUAAAAAAUACUAUGAUAAAUUAUUUAAGGAAUAUUGCAUAUGCAAUCUUACAUAUUAUAAAUAUAAUAAGGUUGCUCUGAGAUGGAGAACUGAAAAGGAAGUAAUAGCUGGAAAAGGACAAUUUGAAUGUGGUAAUAAAAUGUGCAAUAAAAAGGAAAAUUUGCGUUCUUGGGAGCUGAAUUUUGGUUAUAUAGAACAUGGUGAAAAAAAGAAUGCCUUAGUAAAAUUAAGGCUUUGUCCAGAAUGUUCGAUAAAACUUAAUUAUCGAUCGCAAAAACGUGAGGUGAAAAGGAAAAAAUGUUUGAAACGUUUGGGUACAAAUUCGAAAAGUAAUAAUAAUAUGUCUGUUACAUCCGAUAAUCAAGGAUCCGAUAAAGUAGAGACAGAGCCUAACACAACUGAGAUACAAACUAAUAUGGAAGACAUUGAUACAGACGAAUCAAAUAUUUGGAAAGAAAAACCAGCACAAGAUAUGGAAAAAACGAGAGAAAAAGAAUUUGAAGAGUAUUUGGCAGAUUUGCUUAUGUAAAUAUAAUUGAGACUUUAAUUAUUAUGCGUUUUAUUGUGAAUGAAUAUCAAAUAAAAUAAUCUUGUUAGAUUUACGAUUCCUUUCUUGCAUAUAUAGCUGUAAUAACGCAAACACAUCAUUAAUUAUAAAAUUGUUAUAAUUGUUAAAAUAUUUUAUACGAAGAAUAUACGGAAACGCAUCAUAAAAGCAUACAUUUGAUUUUGUUCAUUAUUGUAUGUUCUGUUAC